AUGUAAAAAUUAGUUCUCAUAUUUGCAAUCAUAGCAUUAAGUUUAGCUAUUGAUGUAGUAGACGACUAUGAUGUCGAAUCAUAUCUUGGCGAUUGGUUUGAAGUUGCUAGUAGUCCUUGGGUUCAUACAACAUUCGAGAAAAAUGGAUUCUGUAAUAGAGCUAGAUACGGUGCAUUGGCCAGUGGAGAUCUCAGUGUUUAUAAUGUUUAAAGAGAUGGGGCUGGUGAUGGACCAAUAAAAUCUAUUGAUGGAUAUGCUAGGAUCCCAGAUUUAUCUCAUAAAGCCAAAUUGAAGGUGUUUUUAAAUGGAGGAUAAGCAGGAGGAGGAGAUUAUUGGAUAAUUGAAUUGGGACCAGUUAUUAAUAAGAAAUAUCAAUGGGUUAUCGUGAGUGAACCUGAAAUGUUGUUUAUGUGGGUUUUAUCAAGAAAUCCUUAGUAAUACAGAGAGGAGUAUGAAGAUUAUGUGAGAGAUCGAGUAAGUGCUUUGGGUUUCAAUGGUGUUUUGAAUAAGUAUGUUCCUAGAUUUUUCGAUAAAUGUGUGCCAUAUGAUGAUUGA